AUGGCGACUCAACUUCUGGCGGUUCAACUGAUGGCGAUUCGACCGAUUCUAAAGUCGCCAUCCCAAGACAUCUUGGUCGGGAGUGUCAUCGGCACGGGCAUCUUCAUCUCGCCUGCGGGGAUCCUGCGGGGUACCGGUGGGUCGGUAGGGCUAGCCCUCAUCUUCUGGGUAGCUUGUGGUGUUAUCCAGACCUGCGGGGGAUUCGUCUAUGCCGAGCUGGCCGUCAUGAUCAAAAAGUCUGGAGGGGAACUGACUUUCCUCCACGAUGCCUACGGUCCCGCGGUCGCCUUCCUCAAGCUUUGGAUCAUCGUCUUCUUCCUGACCGCUGGCUCGGCCAUCGUGGCCAUCAUCAUUCCGGAGUACCUACUCACUCCGUUCUUCCCCUGCUCGGGUCCGCCCAUCCUCGCCGUACGAUUAUUGGGCAUCUGUGUCGUAUUGUUCCUUGUUGGAAUAAACUGUGUGAGCGUCAAAGGACCUACUCGCUUUGCUGGGUUCUUUACGAUCACCAAGACCAUCGGGCUUAUAAUUAUCAUCGUCACCGGCAUGUAUAACAUCGCUACUGGUCACACGACUUACUUGGCUAACGCAUUCACUACUGGUAGCCCUAGUAUAAAGCUCCUACCCAUAGCCUUCUAUGCAGGAACGUAUGCCUACGGGGGUUGGGAUACCGUGGCCGCUUUGACAGAAGAAAUAAAAGAACCUAAAAGAAACAUUCCUCUAAGUUUGGUCAUCUCUAUGGUAACCAUCAUUAUCAUCUAUGUGCUGACCAACAUCGCUUACUUCACUCUUCUAUCACCAGAGGAAGUGCUUAGUUCUUCAGCUAUUGCCGCAGUAAGUAUAGCCUAUACCAUCCCUAUGUUCCCGGUUGAAUCCCUCCCCCACACACACAUUUCCUGA